UGUUUGUGCCUGGCCCAGAGUGCCCGCUGCCUGCCUGGGCUUCCUGCCCUGUCUUGUUUCCUAGUGCUCUCCCCCCUCCCCACCCCUCUCCCUAGGGGGAGGGAGUAACUAGGGAUUGGGCAUCAGUCUUUUGGGGGCACCCUACUGCCAGGGCAUGAUUGCUUCCUGAGGUCUGGACUCACUGGUAAUGGCUGAAAGAGCCAAAAGAAGUGAGGUGAACUUAGGCCUGUCCCGGCAAGGCCAUUUGUCCCCACAGGCUCCAGAGGGGCAGUGGUCCAGCAAGAGUAGAGCUAAUCUCCCACAGGCAUUCUGUUUAAAGAUCCUGCAUUGCAAAGGUCUAGGAUCAGCAGACUUGACGGUCCUGCAGGGUUAGGAUUGUAUGACCUUACCCUGGGGCUAUAGGUGGGGCAGGCUGGAAACUCCCAGGUGAAGCCUCCCAAGCAAAACUGGUUUAUUUGCAUGGACUCCUGGGAGGGGAUUUGUAGGUAGGAAGGGGGGGUACCCCCAAGCCUGGAAGUCCCCACCUAGAGGGUCUCCACUAAAAUAACACCUUGGGUCCUCUCUUUGAGCUAGGUUCUGAAUCCCCAACCUCCUAGCUGAGUCACCACCUCAGGGAAACUUACCCGAGUGCUACAAAGGAGCUUCUGAGAUCCAGGGGACACCAGGAGGAAGGGGACUUGGGACAUUGUCUUGGGAACUGAAUCUCCCUCGGCCAGAGGCCCAGAACCUGCUCCCUAUGAAUCCCACAUUUUUCCCCCCAGAUGUCUCUGUUAACUGCAUGUGAGGGACAUGGCCCCCCCAAGCAUUUCUCACUGUUCCCGGGUUUCCCUGACCUCGCAGACAUAGUGCAUAGGUUCUCUGAUGAAGUAUUUGUCUUACUGAUGACAUCAUUGGCCUUGAAGUGAAAUGUAUUUUGCUUGUUGUCGUCAUCAUAGUUGUUGCAUGUGUGCAUCUGUGUGUGCCUGUGUGAUAGCAUCUCACUACACAGACCUAGAUGGCCCGGAAUCUGGUGUGUAGCCUGGGAUAGCCUACAAAUGAGAAAGGCAGCCUCUUUUUACCUCUGGAGUCGAUCGGGUUGAAGGUGUAAGCCAUCACAAGCAUAAAUAAGGAUUUAUUUUGUACAAAGAAUCUUCUGGAACGCACUGUGUAGCUUGGGCUGAUCUUGAAUCCACAGACAUCUUCCUGCCUCAGCUUCCUGAGAGCUGAGACUCUAGGGCUGAGCCACAGUUCCUGGCUUCCCCCGAGACAGUUGGGAGACUAGUGGGAUGUCUGGGCUGGUCAAGCAGACUCCCAGCCUGGAGACAGGCAGAUUGCAUGGGUAUGUGGAUGCUUGCCCAACUGGGGAACAGUUGUGUUGAACAGGGCUGACACAAAACACCCGAAGGCUCUGGCCAUGGCCUUCCUUGUCUCCCCCUCCUCCUGGGAUUGCUCUCCCUAACCCUUCACCUGGGGCCUACCCUUAUUUUACACAGUGGAGGCCAGUGACCCCGCUUCAGGCUUUUUGUUUCAGAAGCUCAUUAAGCAUCCCAAAGCUAGCCUGGGUCCUAUCUCAGCCGCCCAAGGGCUGGGAUCAGAGACCUCUGCCCACCAGGCCUGGGUCUGGCUUCUUUGUCUCGGCGAUGGCGGAGGCAGCUUUGCCCCAGGCACAUGCUCCUGGGCUUGCUUCUGGCCUUUCUUUCACUCAGGUGACUUGCACCUGCUCCCUGUUUGUGAGCUUAUGUCACCCUUCACCAGUCUAAGAGUGUGGCGCCUCCAAAGUCCAGCCUCCCCCGACACACCAUAUCUCACAUACACCACAUCUCCAGGGGCUCCCGGUGCUAGGGAGGCUCCUUGCUGGUUCAGUGCUAAAGCAUUUCCCUGCCAGCCAUUGGCUUCUCAAGGCUACAGAUUUCGGGUGUCAUCUGGGACUGAGCAGAGAGGAAGAGGGGUCUCUGGGAGCUGGGGCCAAGUUCUGAAGGGCAGAGAGAUGCUGGAUGGGAAAGCCCUGACUCAUCCAUCUGUCCUUACCUCAGCUCGCCUUGCAGCUGGGUGGGAGCAGGAGGUGGGAGUCCUAGGGGGCACUUUUCAGAUUUGCUGGAACCUCCCUGGAUUGUUAGAGUAGUGGCCCUCCCCCUCCCACCAGUAGCUUAUUGGGGAAAGGUUUUGAAAUCUUGCUGGGUAGUUUAAGCUGUCCUGGAACUCACAGGUUGGGCUUAAAUUUGUGAUCUCCUGCCUUGGCCCCCCCAAGGGUGAGGGUUACAGCUGUGAGUCACUAUGCCAAGAUUAGGGCUCCAGUUUUUGAGAUCCCUCAACAGAAAGUUCUAGAUAGCCUGUCCCCAUCCCUCAUAACAGGUGAUAAGUUCUGGGGGCUCAUGUGUGAAAAGCCCACUGAUUUGAUUUAGACUGAGAUGAAUAGUCAGGGGCCCAAAGUACCUGGAGUGGGGGUCUUGGGUCGCCCAUGCUGUCAUGUGACCCAAGAGCACACAGCUUUUCGGGAGCCUCAGUUCCUCCUUGUGAGACUGGGGAGAUAGCUUUGAGAAUCAACCAGGGAUGGAGGUGAGAACUUAAACAGCAGGUCCUCUAUUGACCAAGGUGUUUUCCCCAGGAGUCCUCAGUGACUUCUGCCUCUCUGUUCUUUCCUGAUUGUGGUGUGUGUGUGUGUGUGUGUGUGUGUGCGCGCGCGCGUGCUGCAAACUAGGUCCUAGGACUUUGGAACCUUUUUCAGAGACAGAGUUGGAGUGGGGAAGCCCAGUGUUCUAUAGGGGUUAGACCGCCGCAAAGUACCUGAGAGGACGCCCGCAAAGUACCUGGGAGCCCCCCCCCCCCUUGCUUGGAGGUUCCAGCCCGGGGCUUCCAGCAGCUGAGCCGGGAGCUGGAGUGUACACGGGUGUGUCUAGCUGGACCUGUCACGGGAAGAGCCUCUAGGGCUCAAGACUCCUCCCCUUCCCUCCCCCACCUUCUACCGGGAUCUCUGCUGGGGGCGGGGAAAGGGGACAGAGCAGGGGGCGGUUGCGUGAGGUGUCCGUGUUUGUUCCCUGCUCCAGUACCGAGUACCUGGCUGGGCCCUGGGCACGCACAGGGGUCGUAGCCCCACUGUGUGUGGGAGCCAUGAGGAUCCUGGCUAACAAGACAAGGUUACCCCACCCCAGGAGGAGAGAGGCUCCAGGGAGUCCACCGCUGUCCCCUCGGGGCCAUUGCCCCCCUGCCCCAGCCAAGCCAAUGCACCCAGAAAAUAAACUGACCAAUCAUGGCAAGACAGGGAAUGGAGGGGCCCAAUCCCAGCACCAGAAUGUGAACCAAGGACCCACCUGCAACCUGGGCUCCAAGGGCGUGGGGGCGGGGAGCCAUGGGGCCAAGGCCAACCAGAUCUCACCUAGCAACUCAAGUCUGAAGAACCCCCAGGCAGGAGUGUCUCCUUUCAGCUCACUCAAGGGCAAGGUGAAGCGCGAGAGGAGUGUGUCUGUGGACUCUGGAGAGCAGCGGGAGGCUGGGACUCCAUCCCUUGAUUCAGAGGCCAAAGAGGUGGCACCCCGGAGUAAACGGAGGUGUGUGCUGGAGCGGAAGCAGCCAUACAGUGGGGACGAAUGGUGCUCUGGGCCAGACAGCGAGGAGGACGACAAGCCCAUUGCGGCCGCCCACAAUUGUAAUGUAGCAGACCCAGCCAUGGUGACCCCACAGUUGGGUCCUGGCCAAACUGCCCAACUGCCCCUCAGUGAGAACAGUGCACCAGGCCCCCAACAUGGCCCCCAGCCAGGCCUUCGGCCAGACGUCCCUGGGGGUGGGGGUGGGGGCGUCCCAGGAAAGCCUCCGUCACAGUUCGUCUAUGUCUUCACCACCCAUCUGGCCAACACAGCGGCAGAGGCAGUGCUGCAGGGCCGGGCAGAGUCCAUCCUUGCCUACCACCAGCAGAAUGUGCCUCGGGCCAAGCUGGAUCAGGCCCCUAAAGUGCCACCCACCCCAGAACCACUACCCCUGAAUACGCCAUCAGCAGGUACACCACAGUCCCAGCCACCUCAGUUGCCACCGCCACCCCCAGCCCCUGGCAGUGCCCCUCCUGCUCUGCCCCCGGAGGGGCCUCCUGAAGACACCAGUCAGGACCUGGCCCCCAACUCAGUGGGAGCUGCCAGUACAGGUGGUGGGACUGGGGGUACCCACCCUAACACCCCAACGGCUGCCACCGCUAACAACCCUCUGCCUCCUGGAGGAGACCCUGGCAGUGCCCCUGGCUCUGCCCUAUUGGGGGAGGCCACGCCCACCGGAAAUGGGCAGAGGAACCUGGUGGGCUCUGAGGGCCUGUCCAAAGAGCAGCUGGAGCACCGAGAGCGCUCCCUCCAGACACUGCGGGACAUCGAGAGACUGCUGCUCCGAAGUGGGGAGACUGAGCCCUUCCUCAAGGCGCCCCCGGGAGGAGCUGGUGAGGGAGGCCCACCGGCACAAGCCCCCUCUGCUGCUCAGCCGCCUCCCUCCGCCCCUCCUGGGGGGCUGAAGAAGUAUGAGGAGCCUCUGCAGUCAAUGAUCUCACAGACACAGAGCCUAGGAGGCCCCGCUCUGGAGCAUGAAGUGCCAGGGCAUCCUCAGGGUGGAGACAUGGGACAGCAAAUGAACAUGAUGAUGCAGAGGCUGGGCCAGGAUAGUCUGACGCCGGAGCAGGUGGCCUGGCGCAAACUGCAGGAAGAGUACUACGAGGAGAAGCGGCGGAAAGAGGAGCAGAUUGGAUUGCACGGAGGCCGCCCUCUGCAGGACAUGGUGGGAAUGGGGGGCAUGAUGGGGAGGGGGCCCCCACCUCCUUACCACAGCAAACCUGGGGAUCAAUGGCCACCUGGAAUGGGUGCACAACUCCGAGGGCCUAUGGAUGUCCAAGAUCCCAUGCAGCUCCGACCUGGACCUCCCUUCCCUGGCCCCCGUUUCCCAGGCAACCAGAUGCAAAGGGUGCCCGGAUUUGGAGGUAUGCAGAGUAUGCCCAUGGAAGUACCCAUGAAUGCCAUGCAGAGACCUGUAAGGCCAGGCAUGGCCUGGAAUGAAGACUUGCCCCCUAUUGGGGGACCCAGCAACUUUGCCCAGAAUGCCGUGCCCUACCCAGGUGGGCAGGGGGAGGCAGAGCGAUUCAUGACCCCUCGUGUCCGGGAGGAGCUGCUGAGGCACCAGUUGCUGGAGAAGCGGUCCAUGGGCAUGCAGCGUCCCCUGGGCAUGGCAGGUAGCAGCAUGGGACAGAGCAUGGAAAUGGAACGGAUGAUACAGGCUCAUCGACAGAUGGACCCUGCCAUGUUCCCGGGACAGAUGACUGGAGGAGAUGGUCUCGCCGGCACACCCAUGGGCAUAGAGUUUGGUGGAGGCCGGGGCCUCCUGAGUCCUCCAAUGGGACAGUCUGGGCUGCGGGAGGUAGACCCGCCUAUGGGGCCAGGCAACCUCAACAUGAACAUGAAUGUGAACAUGAACAUGAACAUGAAUCUGAAUGUGCAGAUGACGCCCCAGCAGCAGAUGCUGAUGUCACAGAAGAUGCGGGGCCCUGGAGACAUGAUGGGUCCUCAGGGCCUCAGUCCUGAAGAGAUGGCUCGGGUUCGGGCCCAGAACAGUAGUGGCAUGAUGGGGGGUCCGCAGAAGAUGCUCAUGCCUUCACAGUUUCCCAACCAGGGCCAGCAGGGAUUCUCUGGGGGCCAGGGACCCUACCAAGCCAUGCCCCAGGACAUGGGCAACACUCCAGACAUGUUCAGCCCUGAUCAGAGUUCAGUGCCCAUGGGCACUGUGGGCACUGCCCGGCUCAGCCAUAUGCCUCUGCCCCCUGCCUCCAAUCCUCCUGGGUCUGUGCACUCAGCUCCCAAUAGGGGGCUAGGCAGGCGGCCUUCAGAUCUCACCAUCAGUAUUAAUCAGAUGGGCUCACCGGGCAUGGGACAUCUGAAGUCACCCACUCUUAGCCAGGUGCACUCCCCCCUGGUCACCUCACCCUCUGCCAACCUCAAGUCACCCCAGACUCCCUCCCAGAUGGUACCCUUGCCUUCUGCCAACCCACCGGGACCUCUCAAGUCACCCCAGGUCCUCAGCUCUUCCCUCGGUGUGCGUUCACCCACUGGCUCACCCAGCAGGCUCAAGUCUCCCUCCAUGGCGGUGCCUUCUCCAGGCUGGGUCGCCUCUCCCAAGACAGCCAUGCCUAGUCCUGGGGUCUCCCAGAACAAGCAGCCACCUCUCAACAUAAACUCUUCCUCUGCCCUGGGCAACAUGGAACAGGGUGCUCUCCCACCUAGCGGCCCCAGGAACAGCUCCUCCGCUCCUCCCGCCAACCCUUCCAGUGGCCUCAUGAACCCCAGCCUACCGUUCACAUCCUCCCCAGACCCCACCCCUUCCCAGAACCCUCUGUCGCUGAUGAUGUCUCAGAUGUCCAAGUACGCCAUGCCCAGCUCGACCCCGCUAUACCACAACGCCAUCAAGACCAUCGCCACCUCAGAUGACGAGCUGCUGCCUGACCGGCCCCUGCUACCCCCACCCCCACCACCGCAGGGCUCUGGGCCAGGUAUCAGCAAUAACCAGCCCAACCAGAUGCACAUGAACCCUGCUGCUGCCCAGAGCCCCAUGGGCAUGAACUUGCCAGGCCAGCAGCCCCUGUCCCAUGAGCCUCCCCCUACUAUGUUGCCCUCCCCCACCCCUCUGGGGUCCAACAUUCCACUGCACCCCAAUGCACAGGGGACUGGGGGCCCUUCUCAAAACUCAAUGAUGAUGGCCCCAGGAGGCCCAGACUCCCUAAAUGCCCCUUGUGGCCCAGUGCCCAGCUCCUCCCAGAUGAUGCCCUUCCCUCCUCGGCUGCAGCAACCCCACGGUGCCAUGGCCCCCACCGGGGCCGGGGGCCCGGGCCUGCAGCAGCACUACCCUUCAGGCAUGGCCCUGCCCCCCGAGGACCUGCCCACCCAGCCACCCGGUCCCAUACCCCCCCAGCAGCACCUAAUGGGCAAAGGCAUGACUGGCCGCAUGGGCGACGCAUACCCACCCGGGGUGCUCCCUGGGGUGGCAUCGGUACUGAAUGACCCAGAGCUGAGUGAGGUGAUCCGGCCCACCCCUACCGGCAUUCCUGAGUUCGACUUAUCCAGGAUCAUCCCCUCUGAGAAACCAAGCAGCACCCUCCAGUACUUUCCCAAGAGCGAGAACCAGCCCCCCAAGGCCCAGCCCCCCAAUCUGCAUCUCAUGAACCUGCAGAACAUGAUGGCGGAGCAGACCCCGUCUCGACCCCCCAACCUCCCGGGCCAACAGGGGGUCCAGCGGGGGCUCAGCAUGUCCAUGUGCCACCCUGGACAGAUGUCCUUGCUGGGCAGGACAGGUGUGCCCCCACAACAGGGCAUGGUGCCCCAUGGCCUGCACCAGGGGGUCAUGUCCCCUCCACAAGGCCUCAUGACCCAGCAGAAUUUUAUGCUGAUGAAGCAGAGGGGUGUGGGGGGCGAAGUCUACACUCAGCCUCCCCACAUGCUCUCCCCACAGGGCUCCCUCAUGGGCCCCCCACCCCAGCAGAACCUCAUGGUGUCCCACCCUCUGCGUCAGCGCAGUGUGUCUCUGGACAGUCAGAUGGGCUACCUGCCAACACCGGGCAGCAUGGCCAAUCUACCCUUCUAGCAGGCCCCUCGGUCUGGGGCUGGGGAUACUGAAAAUAUGUUAACUUUAAAAAGUUUUGUUUUUCCUCCA